AUGGAUGAUACGCUUGUCAUUAAUUUGGCAUCUUCCCAAUCGAGAUCUUGGUGGAGUAAAGGUCAUGCCACAUUUUAUGGAGGCAGCGAUGCUUCAGGAACAAUGGGUGGAGCAUGUGGCUAUGGUGACUUGCACUUAGCCGGGUAUGGUACAAGAACUGCUGCAUUGAGUACAUCUCUUUUCAACAAGGGGAAAGCGUGUGGCCAAUGCUACAAGAUUGUAUGCGACCGAAAGGCCGACUCAAGGUGGUGCAAGAAGGGCUCGGUUACUAUUACCGCAACAAACUUUUGCCCACCAAAUUAUGCUCUACCGAAUAAUGCUGGAGGGUGGUGUAACCCACCUCUUCAGCAUUUCGAUAUGGCUCAACCUGCUUGGGAAAAAAUUGGAAUGUACAAAGCCGGGAUCAUUCCUGUUAUCUUUCAAAGGGUACCAUGUAAGAGACAUGGUGGAGUUCGGUUUACCAUGAACGGGAGAGACUAUUUUGAGCUUGUUUUGAUUACAAAUCUUGGUGGGGUCGGGUCAGUUCAAUCGGUGCGGGUGAAGGGGUCGAGAACCGGUUGGACAUCCAUGUCAAGCAAUUGGGGGUCUAAUUGGCAAUCAAAUUCGUAUUUGAACGGCCAAUCUCUUUCGUUCAUGGUCACAACAACAGAUGGUGUGACAAAAACUUUUUCAAACAUCGUUCCGGCAAACUGGAGAUUCGGUCAAACUUAUUCAAGUCGAUUAUCGAUUCCCAAAGCCCUGGGCAAACCCCUCCCUUUCGCGUUCACUUUCCGAUCAUUCCCUUGUGGUGGCUGUAGCAGUCGACGACGGCUCGAUCACUCACUUUUGCAAACCCUAAUUAAAUUAAUAAUGACGUCCGAUUCGUCCCCUUCCGCGGAAGGAACUAGCGGUAGCGGUGCUAACAGUUAUUCGCAGCGGAACUGUUUACCAUCUCCGUGGGCUCAAGUCGUUCGUGGAGGUGGUGAGCCGGACCCGGUUGCUCCCCGUUCGCCGUCUGCAUCGCAAUCGUCUGUUUUGCCGGAGCAAAACCUUGUGGUUUCUGAUCAGUUGACGGUAACGGAGCCGCAGCAGGUUGCGGCUGUGGAAACGCUUCCGGAGGCGACUGAGGGUAGUAGUAACGGCAAUGCGAGUGGUUUAAAGAAGUCGGCUUGGAACAAACCCUCGCCAAACGGCGUCGUUGAGGGGAGUAGUACGCCUGUGAUGGGCGCUGCUUCCUGGCCAGCGCUCUCGGAGUUGACUCGAGCGUUACCGAAAUCGACGUCUUUCACGUCGGAGACUUCUAAACCUACAUCUGAUGGAUCCGUCACUGUCUCUCAGGCACCUGUAAUUUCACAACAGCCGCAGAGACCUGUUAGACCUAAUGCAAGCCACCAUGCUAAUCAAAACCAUGUCCACCCUGUCCGGCAAAGGUCAAUGAAACGAGGUGGAAGUGCAGGGGGUGGCUACAAUCGACCACCACCACCUCCUCCUCCACCACAACCACCAACACCACCACCAAUGCCACGUUUUCCUCUUUAUGACAUGUCAUAUCGUGGUUAUGUACCAGCUGUGUUGGAUACUUCAGUAAGAGAGCAAUCACCCUACAAUGGCAACAGUUUUGCUCCAAGACCUAUGGGUCACUCAAAUGCCAUGAAUGAUCAUCAUUCAUCAAAUAGGAGGAGGAAUAACUUUGGUCCUCGUCCUCGUGGUGAUGGAGGACCUUUUCUUAACAAUGGCCAUGGAGGUAGGCGAGAUCACCAUGAUCGUGAUUGGAGGGGUCCUCAAAAUCAUGCUGCUAUACAACCUCCAAUGGCUCCUCCACCUCCACCUCCUCCUAGGGGUUAUAUGCAACAAGCUCACCUGGGUCCUGCUCCUUUUAUUGCUCCCCAGCCUAUAAGACCAUAUGGAACACCCAUGGGUUAUGAAAUGGCAGCACCAUUUGUGUAUGUGUCCUCACUACCUACAGAGGCUUACAGGAAUGCACCCAUUCUCCCUCGUGCUCCUCCACCUCCUAUGUUUAUCCCUCUUGUGGAUACACCUUUACCUGUUAAGAUCCUACAACAGAUUGAAUAUUAUUUCAGUGAAGAAAAUUUGAAGAAAGAUGAUUAUUUGAAGUCAAACAUGGAUGAAGAAGGUUGGGUGCCACUCAGUUUAAUAGCUGGAUUUCGAAGAGUUCAAAGUUUAACAAGCGAUAUUCAACUAAUCUUAAAUUCCUUGAGAGACUCUACUGUUAUUGAAGUUCAGGGUGAAAACAUUAGAAGUCGCAGAGAUUGGCAAAAAUACGCAAAAGGCCCACUCCUAGAAGCUUCUUUACAGAACCUCACUUUAACCGACUCGCCACCUGGCGAAACGAGCACCAGCGGUUCAGAUCCUGCGCAUGCAGCCUCACCGAAUGGCGAUCAAUCUUCGAUGCCAAAUUCAAAUCAAGACCUUUGAUUGAGCCCAGAUUUUGAAGUAAAUAAUAUGAUGAUGAGUGGUUGGAUGAUGAUCAAGUGAAGUGUUUUAUGGGGUUCGUUGAUUGUAUAGAUAUUGGAGCCAAAUUUUGAGGUUGUGGGAGGAUGGGAUUGGUGUUUUUUUGAUGAAGAUUUGGAUGGGAUGUGUUUGG